ACCCAAUCAAAUGAUAAAUGGUGGAGCUUAUCUCAAUUAUAUGAAUUGACUUUGGUUUUCUUCCUUGCGAAGGAAAUUGGAUUUUCCUUCUAUUAAUACUUGAUGUUGAAUUACACCCUUGCAGACCAAAAAUGGAGGAGCCUUUGCUUUCAGAGAAAGCAAGUGAAUUGGGAGAGAAAGAAAGUGAGAGGUGGAGCUCAUACCAGUACGUGGGUCGGACUGGGUCAGCAAUUCCCACUGCUUCUUUGGGAGGAACUGAAGUCAGUGUCGAAGAAAUUCGAUCGGCGGCUGCUUCCGAUUACUACCCACCUUCGCUUCAUGCCGCCUUGAUCAGUUCGCCCGAGCCUGAUCCUAAUGAGCAAGCCAUUGUUUAUCAAGGUGGAUAUGGAGGAACAGCCACCGACUUUCGCGGCCAAAUAUUGGAUGAGGUUGAGAUACGGGAGUUGCUCAUUGAUCAUGUUGGUCAUCGGUGCUGUUGGGGAAGCCGUCCAGCUCGAACUUGGAAGAUUCAUGCAGUAGAAGACUGCAAUGUAUAUGUUGGAACUCUAGACACAUUUAUAGAGGAAAGAGAAACCAUAAGAGAAACAAAGGCUUAUCUUGGUGGAAAUAUUGAUGGAAAGGAUAAGGGACCUGAACUUGGUGUCUGGGAACUGGAUCUAAGAUCUCAAUUCCCUGUUCUCUUUUUACCAUAUAGAGAAACGCAGGCUGGAAUUCCACAUUCUGAAAUUAUUGAGAAAUGCACAGAUUGUGAAGGAAGGGGAAAUAUUAUCUGUCUUACAUGCAAUGCCAAUCAAGAGCCUGGAUUUUAUAAGGAGAGCCAGAUGUCUCAAUGCCCUGCUUGCUGUGGAAGGGGUUUGAUUGCUCACAGAGAUGGAUCUGACACAAUAUGCACAAAUUGUUCUGGCAAGGGGAAGAUUCCUUGUGCAACUUGUGGAUCUCGUGGGCUAAUAAAAUGCCAGAAAUGUCAAGGAAGUGGCUCUCUUUUGACGCGCAGUAUUGCCAUUGUUAGAUGGAAAACACUUUCAACUCGAAAAGUUAGUGCAACAAGUGGAGCAGCAUCAGUUCCAGACGAGGUUUUUCACAGAGCCAAAGGGGUCCAGUUGUGCAACACUCAAGCAUAUCAAUGCACUCCAGCCUUUUUUGCAGACUCAUUCUUCCUUAAUAAAUUUUCUUCUGAAGUAAUAGCAGAGAGGGCUUCUGUACCUCCCACUGCCAGAGUCAUAUGUGAGAGGCAUACCAUAUCUGUGGUGCCAGUGACACGUGUCACCAUGGCUCGUCGUGGUCGUUCCUUCAGUUUCUACAUAAUUGGUUUUAGCAGGGAGGUCUACUUAAAGGACUACUAUCCUUCUAGGUUUUGCUGGGGACUAUGUCCUUGUUUAGAAUGGUUGAAGUUGUGAUGGAAUAUACUAUGUGAGAGAUAUUGUGAAAUAUGCGGGAUGUUUGGCGACAAAUAAGGAAAAGAGGCUGUGGAUUAUGUGGUUCCCAUGUUUAAGAUAAUGAACAUUUGAUUAUCUUGAAUCAUCAUUUGGUUAUUUUGCAAAAGAUUAUUCUGUGUGCUUAAGAUUA